UAUUAAGAUAAAUGGAGUAUCUUGGAAUAUUGAUAACAGGGAUAUUGUUCGUAAUAAUGAUCAACUUAAUGGAUUAUGUGCAGGCGGUUUUCAAUCUGGUGGUCCAUCUGGUGGUUGGAUACUUGGCCUUACAUUUUUAAGAAAUGUAUAUAGUAUUUUUGAACAAAGUCAAGAUGGAUAUGGGACUAGAGUUGGGUUUGCAACUUUAACUGUGAUCCUUCUUAUUGAAUAUUAUGAUACGCGCGCUGCUCAUGCCGCUAAAGAAUCAACAAACGGCAUAAUUAUUGAGGUAUCUUAUAUUUGGUGA